AUGUCUCCACCUAGGUCCAGAGAUAGAUUCCAUUCUUUUUAUAGGGAAGAAAUAACUUGCCUUUAAUGGGCCUCUUAUAGAGCCCUGAUAGCUUUAAUGGCUUCUAAGACUAUUGUAACAUUCCCACCUCAAGAAUUAAGACUCUAAAAUCAUUCAGGAGAUGGCCUGAAACUGGGCAAUGGGGAAUCUCUAUAACUCACUUCCAUCAUGAAAACUUAGAAGACCAAUUCCAAAGUUGUCCAGGUCUUAGUGUCUGAACUAGAGUUUGGGUCACACUUUGUAUACAACCUCCAGGCAGGCCAGCUCACUUAUGAGAAGCCAGUAAGGAAUCUGAGCCCUCCUCUGACUUGCCUGGCCUCCAGUCAGGACAAAACCAAGGGUGUUAUAAGAGUUAGAAUUGUUAAUGUUCUGAGUCCUUGCCCUUGACUCUUCCUAACCAGUCCCUAUCUCCUGUUCUCAUCAGCAUGACCUGCAGUGUCUGAGUAUGCCGCGUCUUAGGGUACCCUUUCAUCAGGGGGAUGGUGUGCUUCUCCUGUUGAAGGUAGACCAAAUCUCAGAGACCUGUUGGGGAGGUGAGAACCUUAAAUGAAGUCCGGCUAGCAAGAAUCGUGUUCUGAAUGAUCGAAGAGACAAACAGCUCCAGAAAUCAUUUAUUUCAUCUCUUUUUCUUUCUUUUUUCUUUUCAGACAGUCUUGCUAUAUAGCUCAGGCUAACCUUGAAUUCAUAAUCCUCCUGCCUCAGACUCUGGAGUGCAGGGGUUCCAGGUGUGAGGCACCAUGCCCAGAGUAACCAUUGGAGUCAAUAGUCUUCAACGCCUAGAUCUCACUGAGGAGUCUUCGGACCCUGAAGAUCUCUGGUGGACCGGGAGCUGAGAAAUUCGGAUAAACUCAGCAUUUGGAGGGAGCCAUUGACAGAUUCUCAACACCUGGAUUGUCGAAAAGGGGCAUCUGAAGCCCUCAGAGAGUCUGUACAGGCUCUGCAGCUGACUCAGGACACUGUGGCCUCCUCACUUCAGGCUGCUUUCUGAAGUCCACCACCUCAUCCACACCGCUUCCAGCCUGGAGAGAAGGUGUGGACAAGAGACACUGAGCUGAGGCACUGGGACCCUGCUGGAAGCCACCACACCUCGUCAUCCUGAUCACCUCCACUGCAUCCAGCAUCCCACACCUGGCCACAUCACUCUCAGGUCAAGUGUGCCACUGGGAACGACAGGCUAGCUAAAGAAAAGUAGAUUGUCAUCAAGACCUGCGAAGAUCCACUGAAGAUAAGAGGGACAUGGGGUUUAAUUUAGUGCUGUUGUUUUGUCUGGCUAUAUUCCCUUCUGUUCUUUCCGGGAACCCAAAUGGGAAACGCCCAGCUCCCCGGGCUCUUAUACAAACCAAACCAGCCCCUAAGGCAUGGAAGUUCCAUGUAAUUGCCCUGGAAAAUCACAACAAGACCAUAGGCUCUACCUUCUGUCCGGUCACAGGAUGUGCAAGUGCUAUAAGCCUCACUUUUGAUAUAAGGGACACCUGCCAAGGGAAAUGUAUAAAUGACUUCUACAAUGCUAUGUCCUCUCCUAUAUAUGUCUGUUUUAUGUAUGAGCAAACUCGGCCCGACUGUAAGGACCCAAAUUAUGGAGGAUGUCCACACUGGAACUGCAAAUAUCAUAGUACUUGGACCAGAUGGGGAGGAGAAAAUCCAUCCAAACUCACCUCAGUUGAUUGGCAUACUAAGGUCAACUACUUAAUCCCUGACCCUUGGGAUAUUAGAUGGAAAAAAGGGGUUGUGGGUUUUGUCUAUAGACAUAAUGAGAAGGAUGCAGCCUUUGAUGGGAAGACUAAGAUAUUCAUCUAUAGAGCUUUAGCCGAGUUCACACCUUAGAAUUCCUUUAUUUGAAUGCUAUAACGAAACCAGCUGCUAUACCUGCCCUGGCCCUGUUGGUGGGGCUCACCAGCUGACAUCACUUCCUGUCACCACCACCUUUCUCUCUCUCCUACCACUAGCCCUACUCCGCUGGCCUUCUUUGAACCCCUAAUGACAAUUUUAAUACCAUACACUUGCUCAUGAAUGUUGCUAAUCCAAAUGUUAUGUCUGAUUGUUGGUUCUAUAUCUUCCCAAGCCCUCACACUAUGUAGGAUUCACUAUAUAUCAGAACCCCAUUUCAAUCACUCCCUUUGCCAACUGUCCAUGGGAGUCUUUCCACUUGACCAUUAAAUUUCUUUUUUUAAAUUUAUUUUUACGUAUGAGUGCUCUGUCUGCAUGUAUAACUUUAUGCCAGAAGAGGGCAUCAGAUCCCAUUAUAGAUGGUUGUGAGCCACCAUGUGGUUGCUGGGAAUUGAACUCAAGACCUCUGGAAGAGCAGCCCUUGCUCUUAACCACUGAGCCAUCUCUCCAGCUCCAACCAUCUCUCCAGCUCUGACCAUCAACUCUCCAGCCCCAACCAUCAAAUAUCUUAACCCAGAUCGAAUUCAAGGUGAGGGGACCCAUUUUGACUCAAAGAGCUAUAAUAUGUUCAAAUCCCCCUUUAAGAAUAAAUGCAGAUUCAUCAUAAAUAUCUCUCGGCUUUUGGCAACCACAUUGCCAGGUGCUCAUUUCUUCCUUCACCACCUGGCAGAAACGGUUUGGCUCAUCUGGACUGAUGGAUUACACCCAUGCAUACUUGCCUAUCUGGCAUAUGCGUCAAGCCCCCAAAUUCUUUAUCUUGGUGUCUCUGUUCCCCAGAAUGUAUAUUUAGGAUGAUCCAGCAGAGAUAGAGCACUUAUAUUCACAGACUCUUCCAGUCCCCCUGUGCAGGGGAAAAAACCCAACCAACCAACCAACUAACCAACCAACGAACCAACCAAUGUGUGACUCCCCUCCUCAUACCUCUCAAGCUUUGCUACAGCAGAAGCUGCUCCUGGCAGCACAGGAACAGCGAUGGCUGAUAUUAACUUCAAAAGCAUAGGAUGUCAAAUAACCCAAGAUCUAUCCAUAUUAGAAAAAAAAAUCUAUUGCUAAGCUAGAAAAACAGGUGGGUUUAUUAGCUGAGGUGGUUCUACCGCAUGGGACCCGCUCUAUGCAGAGCAAGGAGGUUAUUGUAUGGUUUUAGGGGAGAAUUGUUAUUCCUAUGCGAACCAUUUGGGAAUCAUUAGAGAUAACUCAGCUCUGCUCCAGAAAAACCUGGCAGAAAGGGAGAAGGCCCUAAAAGGGGGAGACAAACGGCUCCCAUUCUCAUUCUCAGGUUUCUCCUGGCUAGCAACUCUGCUGUCAGACGUUUGCAGGGCCCUCAGCCCUCCUGCUCUUGCUGAUUACUGUUGGCCCCUACAACAUCAAUGCCUUAACCAGAUAAAUAAAUUUAUACUUGGGUACUACUAUAGUAAUGGCUAUUAGGUCCCAGUAUAAACAGGCACCCACCACAGAGUCAAGGAUUUCACCCAGGACACAACUCAAAGGGAGAAUGUGAUGAUUAACUUUGUGUUUAAAAUUCAGAAACUGCCGUGCAACUGCUCUAGCUCAUAAACAUUUUGCAAACUGUACCCUGUCAGCUAGCUUACCCAAGAUGGAUGACUUCUUGGAAUAUUUGGGCUAGUCUUAAAAACUGCCUAGUCUUAUAAAAAUGUUUAACUGCCUCUACUGUUCUUACAAGGUAAUGGGUCACAAGGCUAACUGCUGGUUCUGCUUCUGUAUGAAAAUGCUUGCUUGCUCAAGGUAACUGAGGCAUCUGCAAGACUUCUGUCACAAAAGUUAAGCUGUGCCUGCACAAGUCUACUAACUUGACGCCCAAACUGUGACCUUGUGGUUUUUGCCUUUAUAAACCUCAGACUAACAGUAGCUGAGGACAUACUUUGAGACUCUGGAGUCUUGGGUGUGGUCCUGGCCAGUAGCUAAUAAAGCCUCUCUGUUAAAAUUCA